UUGAUUCACCUGUAAACAAUUUAAUGGGAAACCAGAUCAUUUAGUUCAAGCGAUGAGAUAUUGUGCUAUUUUCGUGUCCCCAGAACGAAAAUAUCUCAGUAUCAAGAUUUUGCACGACUACCAGAUCAUUAUACAGCUUUGAACACAAGUUUUUCACAUUGGAAAAUGGCAGCUUACCAGAUUUUCCGAGAAGUGAUUUUACUCUUGAAUAUUGCCCCAAUAUAUACAAUGGUAACAGGGAGCAUGGAUAGUGAUGAAGCUGACGUUAAUAAGGCUAAAUUUCUACACGCUGUAUAUAUUGCCUUAGGGGUGGUUAUAUGCAUGCUCCUUUUAAUGUUUGUAGUUCUAAAACGUGAAUGCCUUGGAAAAUUAUUCAGCUCUUUGAUCAGCCCCUGUUGUCGUAUACAAAAUGAUGAGAAAUGCACAGUAGAACCUGCUGUUAAAUUUGAUACCAAUCCAAUGUGUAGAAAUCUCAACCAGUCUGAGAUAGACAACCUGCAGACUGGCGAGGCAGAUGAUGAUGAACAAUCACAAGAUGAUUUGCGUAUCAUAACAAUAGUAAAUGGAAGAGCUAAUGUUGCUGCUGCUGCUGCUGCUGCUACUGAUGAUGAUGAUGAUGAUGAUGAUGAUUACAAAGAUGCCGAAGAUCAUGCUGAUAUUGAUGAGGACCAAUCGUUGCUAAAAUAAUCACAUUAAGAUAAAAUAUAUAUUUGCUUUCUGUCUCAUUUGAUCAAAGUCAUUCAUUAAGAAAUCUCUUUUUGUUUUUGAUAAGUUUAAUUAUUUUAUUACUUACAUUUUUCAGUUUUUAUAUGAAAGAUUUUAUAACAUUUUUUUUUUGUGUCCCGGAUUGCUAAGAUAUGAUAUUUAAAAAAUAUUACAACAUGUUUUUUGCUUGAGAAUACAUCUUGAUAACAGAUUAAGUAUUGUAUAAUAGGAAUGUUAAUAUGAAUAUCAUGUCUUUUUUUAUUUAUAUACAAUACUCGUGUUCAUAAAUGAAUGCAUUUGCUAGACUCAUCAGGGUUUCAAAACAGACUAAAUUUUCUAUUCAAUUUAAUGUCAAAUUUGGAUCUCAUUUUCGGUCGCGGACAAAAAUUUCGAUUAUAGACUAUGCCUAAUGCAAAAUUUGUUCUUAAAUGUGCAAAAAGGGAGCAGGGUUAUGUUUGAGACUAAGUAAUUCUUAGGGAAGGAAUCAUGUUAAAAAUAUGGAGAAAAAAAUAAUAGACAUGUAAUAGUAUUAUCUUGACUAGCAUUUACUCAUUUUGUUUUACAAUUUUUCUAGCUCAUAUAUUUAUUUAAAGAUAUUUUUGAAUUACCUGAAAAUGUGUUCUGUUUGGGUGACUGUUGUGUAUUGAGGUGCAGGUCGCCAUCAGUGCAAAUUUCUUUAAACUAAAGUAUCUCAAUAUUAAUGUGUUCAGUUUUUUAUGUUAAAUUUAUACCUAACAUUAUAGUUGUGAAUAUAAUCGUUUUCCCCUUGUGUUAAAACUUAAUUUGAAUGUUGUAUUUAACGGGGAAUGGGGUAAAACAAGUUUCUAAGAGUUGUUUGAUAUACCAUAAAUUAUAUGUAAUGUAGUGUUAUAUAUAUAUUGUCGAAAUAGUUAGUUCUAUCAGAAGCAUUUGGCAACAGUAACAUUAAAAUUUGAUUUUCUAUUUUGGAGUAAAUGACAAAAAAAGAAAGACAAAAAAGAAUUCAACAAAGGAACAUGUUAAAUUCCACAAAAUUACAUGUUUAAAUCAAUACGAAAAUUUCUUCACAAUAUUUUUGACACAAUAAUGACUUGAUUACAGUGAUACAAAUCAUAUUAUGCAUAAAAUAUCAAAUAAAUCUAUGAUAUAUCUCAAACAGAUAAAACGGUAAAUAAAUGUUAAUAAUGUAAUGUAUAGCAAUAGUUACACAGAACAACAUCAUGCAAUAGAACAGGUAGGGAUUUUUUUCUGCAAAAUCAAGCUCUGUCUGUCUGUUUGUCUGUCUGUCUGCCUGUUUCUUUCAUUAUUGAAAUACUUUACCUUUGCUACUGAAGGUUUUUAAUGAACUUGUCAGCUCUUUCAAAAUUGUAUUACUCAACUCCAAUUGUUAAAAUCGAAGUUUCAAGACAAAGAAUAAACCAAAAUUCUUUUCCUGAUGAUUUUAGCAACUGCGUUUAUUAGUGUUCUUAAUUACUUCUGAUUAUGUGUAGUUACAUGUGUCUUUACUUUUUUAUUUUGAUUAAUAAUCAUGUUUUUAACUUUAUUUACUUCUUAUACAUAAUAUUUAUCAUGAAAAAAUAACGUUUUGAGAUUUUUUAUGUAAUCACGUGGAAACUAUUUAAAAAGAAAUUUUGAAUGUAAAAGAUGGUACUCACUUAACUCUUGGUAAAUAUAUUGGUUAUCUUUUUUCCUUAAGCCUUUGUUCAUUAUGUUUAAUAACAUUUUUCUUACCAACAUUAUUUAGCAUUGAAAAACAAACAAACAAAAAACUCCAACUUUUAAGUGAUUUUUGUCAUAUGAAUUUACCGGUGUUGUUAGUUUGAAAAUAUAUAUUAACUCUGUAUAAAGAAAUAAGUUAUAAGGGAACUAUUAAAUGUACCUGUCGAAAUAUUGUUUUCUUGUCAUGCCAAAUGUCAAAUACUUACCAAUGCCAAAUUUGCCAAACUAGUAUGAAUUUUUAGUCAUUUUAUUAAAAUAAUUGUGUUUUUUUUCAAGAUACCAGUAGAUAUAUAGUUUUACUAAACAUGAUGACAUUUUAAAAUCGUCACCUAUGUUUUUUUCUUGUUCAUAAAAUACUAGGAGUAUUUAGAAGUAUUAUCAAUGCAAUGGAAUCAGUAUUAAACUGUAUUAUGUAGAUCAGAUCUGUGAUGUUAAAAACACUUGACAUUACUUGUUUCUUUUGUAUUUUAAGUACGUAUGUAUAUAUACGGAUAAAAACGACCCAUAAAGGGUUUAUUUUAUGACACAGUCAUGAACUUUAUGAUAAAAUAGUGUUUACUAGACCCGGUGUCCUACAUAUCUUAAAAUUUUCAAACAAUUUAAAAGUUUUGAGAGAAGAAUACAAUUUGAAGCUUUUCAUAAUUUUAGAGUAAGGGAAUUUUUAGUUUGUAUAUGUUCUUAGGAUUGGAGAAAAAUAUAAUUGUAUUUUAAACCAAUACCAUAUACAUGUAUAAGUAACAAUAUUUUUGUUUUAACAUUCUCUGUUAUCUGUUUGUGAUAGACCUUCUUAACUAAAAGACAUCAGAUGUUGAAUAUUAAGUUGUCGAACAGAAAUCUUUUGAUAACUCUCAAUAUUUUUUACUGCAUAGACUUCAUUGUUUGAUAGAUAAAAACAGAUAUAUAUAUAUUAUAUAUAUAUA